AGUUCAUAAAUGUCAACGUACGGAACUGUGAUAACACAAGUGCAAAGUGCUAAAUAAAUUAUUUUUCCGUUAAAAUAAAUAAAAAUAAUCAGUUAAGUAAAAUUUCAUGAUGAAAUGAAUGACGUAAAAGUCUGGAAAAAUCUGCAUGAACACGUCUCGUUGUAGUAAAAUAUCUUUUUUCACAAAAUUAGUAUUUGUGAUGCAUUUAAUUUAAAAACAACCUAUAAAAGUAAGUGAAAAUUAAGUCGAAAAAUGGCUGUUCUACCCCCAGAUCCAGUGUUUUGUUUAAAAAGUGACAUGGACCAUAUUCACAGUUUGUGUUUUCCUACCACCAAUGAAAAUUACACUUCGAGACUGCUGGCGGCUACAGAAAAUGGGUUUGUGUAUUUUUGGGAUUUGGAGACCAACCGUCUCCAGCACAAACAAACAAUGGGCGAGUCCAUCCAAGCCGUCCAUUCCCUCCAAACUGACAUAAUAACCCAAGAAAAAAACGGUUUAAUCAAACUGUGGACCAUCGAGAACAACUCCAACUACGAACUGUCAAAAACCUACACAUGUAGUGGCGGUUACUGCCGCAGUCUCCUCCUCAACGAGAACCUCAUCGCCCCUCAAGAAGACAGCACUCUAGACAUUAUCGACAUCAAAACAAUGACAAAACAAAAUCGUUUCAUCCCCCACAAGCCCAAACUGGGUAACGUGAUGUGCCUCCAGAAAGUCGAACUUGGGGGGAAGAUAUACAUAUUGGGUGGAUACGAGACGGGAGACGUGAUUUUGUGGGAUUACUCCACCUCCCAGCCCUGCGGACAUAUCAAAUUGCGCGAAUACAUAACCUCGUUGACGUUUGAUCCGGUUAGUGGGCGUGGCAUAUGUGGAAACGCCUCCAACACGUUACAGAUCUUUACGAUAGAUCGGAAUUUUAAUAUCACGUUGAAGUGCGAAAUUUCGAUAACAAACGAUGGGUGCAAUACUGUCAAAUUGAGAAGGGAUAGGAAGAUCUUCGUGAGUGGGGGGUGGGAUGGGAGUUUGAGGAUGUUCUCGUGGAAGAGUUUGAGGUUGUUGGUGGUUUUGAGUGAGCAUAGGGGAGCGGUGACUGAUGUUCAGUUCUCUCCUAAGAAUGUGAGGUACUGGGAGGCGAAUAUCAUGGCGGCUAGUGGGGCAGAUGGGAUGAUAUCGUUGUGGAAUUUGUACAAUUGAGGAGGCGACUGAUUUGUACUUUGUGGCUGUUAUGGAAGUACAAAUAGGGUAGGAUUUAAAUGUGAUAUAUAAUUGUAAUCUCUUGAUGUUAUAAAAGGGUAGGUUUUUUAGGAAAUUGGAGUACCUAUAUUCUUAUCUUAGGGAAGGACUGACAUUGUAAUUAUUACUUACUUCAGGUGAACUUAAUCUCAUUUUACUAACUCUGGUAUUUUUAAGUUAAACUGAUAAAUUCUAAUCGUGUUGCUGCGCUAAGUAAACUGAAUGUAUGCAGGUUUGUGGAAUGUUAAUCAGCUCCAGUAUUGUUAGCUUUCUUAUCAUACAAAUAAAUUAUAUGUAGAUAAUUAUAAUAAAGUUAGUAAAAAAUU